AACAGGACCUCGACUUGCCGCAUUUCAAGAACCACCACCACCAAAGAACAGGAACUGCUGCCACACAACUUUCUCGUCGAACUUCAGUCACGACGAUCAAUUCGCCCGCCCACUACGACAUCCCUCGCGUCGUUUCCUAGGAUUUCGCAGCGCCUACGCAUCCGAUCCGACAAGUUGUCGCUUAACCAUGCAGCGCGCAACCUACGGACGGUCCCCCCCUCUACACCACCCGGUGCCGCAACACGUCUCGACCGUCCCCCAGCUGCGAUCUCCGCCUCCACCGGCAUCGCAACCACAGAGCGGCUAUGACGGCAGCCCGUACCCCCAACAACAGGCGCCUUCGGCCGGCCCUACGAUGUUUGGGCAGUAUGGCAACUUCAUCAACGACCCAGCCGCGCAGCUAGCAACACAGUUCGGCCAAAGCGCAUUCAGGCAGGGCCAGGAAUACAUAGAACAGAACGUAAACCGCUUCGUCAACGUCUCGGCGCUCAAGCACUACUUCAUCGUCACCAAUUCGUACGUAAUAAACAAGCUGUUCCUCGUCCUCUUUCCUUGGAGGCACAAGCCGUGGACUCGACGACAGGCCACGGGCCCUUCGGGCCAGGAGACCUGGUACCUGCCGCCGCGCGACGACAUCAACAGCCCCGACAUGUACAUCCCCGUCAUGUCGCUAGUGACGUACAUCUUCUUGCAGGCGCUCAUCUCGGGGCUCAAGGGCCAGUUCCAGCCGGAGCUGUUUGGGUACAUUGCGACGACGGCGCUGGUGGCCGUGAUCGUGGAGAUUCUGGGGCUGAAGCUGGGCUGCUACCUGCUGAGCAUCUCCAACGAGUCGCAGCUGCUGGACCUUGUGGCCUACUCGGGAUACAAGUUUGUCGGCGUCAUCGUCACGAUCAGUGUGGCUGAGGUGGUCAACGGCGGCAAGGGGACGGGCGGCUGGGUUGGGUGGACUGUGUUUAUCUAUACUUUCCUGGCAAACUCCCUUUUCCUGAUGCGGUCUCUCAAAUACGUGCUGCUGCCGGAAAACAAUAACGACAACCGGGGCCCCAUGCAGACGAUGCACCCACUCGAUUCUCGGGCGAAGAGGAACCAGCGGACCCAGUUCCUCUUCUUCUACUCUUACAUUGUGCAGCUAUUCUUUAUGUGGAUCCUCUGCCGGUCAUAGCUGUUUGGUUCGGUGAAUAAGGAGCAUGGGAGCUGUGCGUUGGGAAGUGCUAGGCUAGGCCUCGCUAAGACGAUGCGAAUUCUGGCGGGCACAGGCCGGCGCGAUCAGUAUCUAUUGCUGCCUGUGAGAUGGACGGCCUAGAAGCACACUUGAACCAAAGAUUUAACCACGAUUGUCAUGACGGUUUGCCGAGGGGGGCAUAUGAAGAGGAUAAGUGCAGAUGAUCGAAACAUCAUGUUAUCAUGUUUCCACUCUCGUCAAAUAAAGGAAGAAAAGAAUUUCCGUAACUGCA